AGAGUGCAACGAUCAACUCUCAGAAUUAGAAUGCCGAAAUGCAUAUCCUUCUUCAGAUCAUCCACCUCAAUGCCAAACUCCUCUCAAGAGGACACACCCAGCGUUUCUCGCGAAUACAACCUCGCCGUUCACACCAACUCCUACGCCGAGAUUCGCUCCAAUAUCCAAUCUCAACUUCACACGCUUAACCCAGACCGAGACCGCGUCCAACACGCGCUAUCAGACACCACAACCACCACGCGCCUCAUCUCCACCUUCUUCGACCACACGGAAACCGCCUCCGAACUCUGCCUCCACCUCCACCAAUGUCUCAGCCUCGCGCGUGCCGCCCACGCCCCUCUCCUUGACCUCUUCGAAACAAUCGACCCUCUUCACCCAACACACAGCGAUUGCAAGCGCGCCAUUCCUCUCUUUCACCACUUCGACAAACAAAACAACUCCAUCCCCGAUUCCCACAUCUUCUCGAACCUUCGCGAAGCCUUAUCCAACCUCAAAACGCAGCUCGAUCGCCGCGUUUCGAAGUCCCUAUCUAGGGUACGCUUUUUCCGUCGCGCCGCCGCCGGCUCGGCCAUCUGCCUGGUCGCCGUCGCCGUCGGGGUGGUGGUGGCGACCGUGGCAGUGACCCUGCACGCUGUGGUCGCCUUGGCGACUGCGGCAUCGGCUGGCGCUGUGCCUGUUUGUGCAUCUGAGAGAAGAGAAUUAGUGAGGUUGAAACAGCUUGAUGCUGCUGCAAAAUGUUCUUAUGUUCUGAGCAAUGAUCUUGGCACAAUUGAUGCACUCGUUUCGCGGCUUCGCGCCGCGGUUGAAGGAGAUAGGGUUUUGGUUCGGCUUAGCUUGGAGAGGGGGAAUGAGAGGUACCUUGUGCAAGAAGUGAUUAAGCAACUUUGCAAGAGCCAUGAUGGUUUUAUACGCCAGGUUGAGGAUCUGGAAGAGCACAUAUACCUCUGCUUUUAUAACAUCAACAAGGCAAGAUUCUUGCUCUUUCAAGAGAUAUGCAAUAGUUCAACUUUGUAGUUCUUGUUCCUAACCAACUAAUCAAUGUUUUAGUUUUAGAUUAAUAUUUUGUUGACACCCCUUUUUGGGGUGUGGAAUGGAUGGGAGAAGAAAGAAAUGUUAAAAAAAAAACAAAAGAUGUGAUAGAUAAGUUGACACAAAAGGAAGAGAUAGAUUGAAAGAAGAGGAGGAUGUAAAAUUGAUGUAUGGUAAAUUAGGUUUGAAAUAUAAGGGUCUGUUUGGAU